AAACACGUUUCUCCAUGAGAGGCUGAUUUAACAACCAGCCAGUUAUCCAGAGUCCAGCUGCUGCCUGGAAUCAGCACCACGGCGUUUAGGAGCUUAGUUAGAAUCUAGUCAGAAGUUUUGAGAGAAACAGUUUCAACCAGCCAGUAGUUUCUGCGCUUCACACACAGACGCUGGUGGUUCAGUUCAGGUGAGGUUACAGGUGAGCCGCUGAGGUUCUUCUUCCAUUGGUGGAGAGCUACUGAGAAGAAGAUCAGCUGCUGCAGCUCGUCUCUGUCGUCAGGCCGACAGGACGAUGAGCAGGAACCAAACCUGCGCUGUUCACGGUACGCAGGCGUGAUGUCGGCGUGUCGCUCGCUGCUGCUCACCUGUCUGCUGCUCGCCGCCAUGGUCCAAGGCCACAGCUGGAGACCCUGCACAGACCUGCUGCCUCUUGACCUGCUGACCAGAGCGCUGCCACGCCCUGGACAAGCCCCGCCCACACAGGUGCAGAUGGUUCAGUCCAGAGGAUCCAGAGGUUUCCGAUUGGCUGGUGCCGAGGCAACAGCACUGAGUUUUCCCGCCUCUCAAAUCUUCACAAACUGUGACUACUUCCCCUCUGAGUUCUCAUUGGUUGCCACCGUCAAGAUACCGAAUCUGAGACAGAAGACUAAUGAACACAUCUUCUCUGUGGUGGAGGAGGAAUCUGAUUCGCUGUUGCUAGGGUUACGCGUGUCCAAGAACCGCCUCCACUUUGUGACCACGCCCCCUGGUGUUAGUAGGCGGGGCCGCCAGAGUUUUAAGGAUGUUGGAUUGGAUGAUAACCGCUGGCACACCAUAAUUCUGGCGGUCAGUGGACCGUACGCCACCCUGACCGUCGACUGUGGACUUCCUCUGGAGCUUAAGCAGGCCCGGUCCUUUCCCAGCGCUCUGAGCACCAGAAGGUCCCGGUUCUUUGUGGGCAGCCGGGGAAGGUGGAGGGGUCGUUUCUCUGGUCUGCUGCGACAGCUGGUUCUGGUGCCAGGAUCGGAUGCCACGCCCCGACUGUGUCCAGCCGCCAACCCAGCUGUGGCCGAACUGGCCGUCCCCGCGAUUUUAAAUAAACCUGAUCUGAUUCUCCGUAGAACAGAUGUGACUGUGGUGCCGUUUGCUGUUCCAGAGGCCGAGGCCAGAGUGACGCUGGGAACCCGUCCUCCCUGCUCAUCGGCAGAACAAGGCCAGCUGUGGUUCGACGCUCAGAGCAGAGGGCUGUUCAUCUGCGACGGCCCGGCGUGGACGACGCUGCUGCAGAGUACCGAGCGUCUGGACUACCUGGAGGAUUACCAGGACCUGUACACCCGCUCAGAAACCUUCGACGUGGAGGUCUUCUCCAUCCCAUCUGAAGGCCUGUUCAUGGCUGCAGCCAACAGGGACUCUCGGCCCGGUUCAGGUAUCUACCGAUGGACGGACGGUACCUUCCAGCUAUACCAGAACAUCAGCACUCAGGAGGCCCGGGCCUGGAAACACUUCACCAUCGACGACCAGGUGGGAAACACAUCAGGACGCGCGGUGGACUGGGAGUUCUUCACCGUUGGAGAGGAGAAGUUUCUGGUUGUGGCGAACUCUCAUGACGGCAGCUCGUACUCUCUGAACAGCGUCAUCUACAGGUAUCAGGGCUACGAGGGCUUCGUUCCGGUCCACAGUCUGCCCACCUUCGGCUGCAGGGACUGGGAGCACUUCAGAACCGAGCAGGGACGGUUCCUCCUCUACUCCAGUGCCACCUCCAGGCUUACCAGAGACUCCAACCACAACAUCCACAGUGUGAUCUACAGGUGGAACCCUGACACACAGCUGUUUGAGGUGAACCAGACUCUGUCCACGUCCGGAGCGUAUGACUGGGAGUUCUUCAGCGUCGGACCGUACCAUUUCUUGGCGGUGGCCAACACGUUUGAUGGUCGGACCACCGCCAUCAGCUCCACCAUCUACGUCUGGUUGGAUGGAUGCUUCCAGGUCUUCCAGAACAUCCCGGUCAGUGUCUCCGCUCUGUCCUCUGCUGUCCACAAACAGGCUGCGCUGAACUCCUGCCGCCAGGUGUCGCUGUGGGGCCGGGCCUCGGCUCUCAGCGGCUCAGCUGACUGUGAGUGUCCGGGUCAGAGGCGAGGCUCCAGGUUUGAAAGUGCAGACAGCCGCCGCUGGUUCUCCGGAGGAGGCGGCGGAUGUCUGACGCAGCCCAACGGUUAUACGGCAGCGCUAGAGCCGGUCCGGUCCGGCAGGAGCCCGGAAGAGGAGCUGAGAGCCGGCAGGCAGCAGAGCGAGGCGCCGCUGGAAGGAAGCGGUCAGAUAGCACCCGGCUAA